UGGAGGCAGUGAAGAGGCGCGGAGCGAAGGAGGCUGCAGCAGGGAAACGAGAACACGGUAGAAAAGUGAACUUUCUUCUUAGAGGUAAAUCCCGAUCGGCGGUAGCUACAUCUCGCAAAUUUAGUAGAGCCUCAUCCAGCCAUCUGGAGACAGUGAUGAGCGAAUGGAAGGAAAGCUGGUUUUCAUGUAAUGUGAUUUGGAUCUGAGUAUAAAUAUUGCCUUGAAAUGGAGGUGGACCUUUGUCAAAAUGAGUGUGGACACUGAUUACCUUACGGGCAGCGGUAAUGCUUCUACGGAGCUGUAUAGGAAGAUCAAUCUGACCAACAUCUCCAAAGUCACCGAGAACGAAACCGAUGUCAGUCCGCUGGACCUCACCCGGGCGGUACCGCUGGGCAUGGUCCUCGGGGUUUUUAUAGUGUUUGCCAUCGUGGGGAACAUACUUGUCAUUCUUUCGGUUGUGUGCAACAAACAUCUGCGCAUCCCAACCAACUACUUCAUCAUAAAUCUAGCCAUUGCCGACCUGUUGCUGAGCACCACCGUGCUUCCCGUAUCGGCUAUUUUGGAAAUCCUGAACUACUGGGUGUUCGGAAGGAUCUUCUGUGAUAUUUGGGCGGCCGUGGACGUAUUGUGUUGCACCGCUUCGAUCAUGAGCUUGUGCGUAAUAUCGAUAGACCGUUAUAUCGGGGUACGGUACCCCCUGCAAUAUCCGAGCAUUGUGACGGAGAGACGGGCGCUGCUGGCCAUGCUGGGAGUCUGGGCGCUCUCCGUGGUCAUCUCCAUCGGACCCCUGCUUGGGUGGAAGCAACCACCGUCACCGGAUGAUACCGUCUGCCUCAUAACCCAGGAACCGUUUUACGCCUUAUUUUCUUCCCUUGGCUCAUUCUACAUACCCCUGGCGGUUAUUUUAGCCAUGUACUGCCGCGUGUACAUAGUGGCUAAAAGGACCACAAAGAACCUGGAGGCCGGGGUGAUGAGAGAGAGGAUGGACUCCAACGAGUUCAUACUGAGGAUCCACACGAAAAGCGCUCAGCCGCAGGAGGACUGCGGGGCAGCUGGCAAAGGGAAGGGACAUCACGCAAAAUGCUCAUUCGCGGUGAAACUGCACAAAUUUUCCAGAGAGAAGAAAGCUGCCAAGACUCUCGGAGUCGUGGUGGGAAUGUUCAUCCUCUGCUGGUUGCCAUUCUUUUUAGUACUUCCCAUGGGCUCAUUCAACAGCAACCUGCGACCACCAGAAACGCUGUUCAAAGUGAUCUUCUGGUUGGGCUACUUCAACAGCUGCCUGAACCCUAUCAUUUAUCCUUCUUACAACCGGGAGUUUAAGCAAGCGUUCCUGCGCAUCCUCAAAUGCCAGUGCCACCGCAGGAAACGUCCGGGCUGGAACGCGUACAACUACCGCAGCCCCCAGCUGACCCCUUCAAAUCACCUGCGCAAGGAGUUCCUCGAUGAGCACUUCUCCAGCUUUAACGGGAGCCACAGGACCGUCUCUUCUGCUAACCCCAGUCUCAGCUGCGUCAGCAACAGCCCCGAACCCGGCUCGGAGCUGGGGGGUUUUAAUGGCUGGGACCCCUGUUCCCAGUCUCCGGAGGGCUCCUCUGAGUUUCAGGGGGAGCCUCUGGGAGGAGACUUCCUGCAGAUUGCCGAUGAGUAUAAUCGGAUGAGCCAUGACCCAUAACCCCUCCCUCCCUUCUUCCCAACCCGGAAUGGAGGUCCGGAGUAAGCUAUGUGUUGCGCUGAAGUAAAUCGCAGGAAACUGGGCGUAAGGCACCGUUGCGACAUGUCCUGUUACAUCUGCCAUCGCUUUUGAUUUCUGUUGGCUUUUUUUUGUCAGAAGACCGGAAAGUAUUAAAUAAAGGGUUAUUUCUUUUCUUUAUGUUAUUGCUUAUUACUGCCUUGUGUGUUAAAUUUUCACCUGGCUGAUGAUCAGGAAGCAGGAGAGUGGUCCAGUUUGUGAUCUUUAAUAUUG